AAAAUACUCUCUCUUUUUGGUGCUCAAAGGGCCAAAGGAGGGAGAGAGGGAAUAAAGGAAUUCUUGCGAUCUAAGCAAAGGGGCGCGGGCCCAAACCCUAGCUCGGUCGUCCUGUUCGUAUCCUCGCAGCGACUAUCUUCUGCUGAUUUUUACCAGGAAAAAGAUAGAAAAAAGGAAGGAAAAGAUGACUAACGAUGUGGAGAUGAAGGAGGUUCAAGCUCCAUCCAAUUCCUUGUCCUCCGCCACCGCUUCUUCCACUCUUCAACAUCUGAAGGAGAUUUCUUCCCUGAUCGAGACCGGCGCGUAUGCCAAGGAGGUGCGGCGGAUCGUGCGCGCGGUGCGGCUCACCAUGAUGCUCCGCCGGAAGCUAAGGGCGGCUGUGGUCUCUGCCUUCCUUAGCUAUGCCCUUGCCCCGGGCUCUGAGGCCCACUCGAGGCUCUCUUCCUUUCUUCCAAAGGAUGAGGAACAUGAUAUGGAUGUGGAUACAGCAACUUCAGCAGCUCAGGGUCCUGCUAAGUAUUCUCUGCCGGAGCUUGAAAUCUACUGUUACUUGCUUGUUCUCAUAUUUCUGAUUGACCAGAAGAGAUACAAUGAGGCUAAAGCUUGUUCCUCUGCCAGCAUUGUUCGCCUGAAGAAUAUGAAUAGAAGAACAGUUGAUGUUCUAGCAUCUCGGCUGUACUUCUAUUAUUCUUAUAGUUAUGAACUUACGGAUAGUCUUGCCAAAAUUCGUGGGACCCUCCUUUCCCUGCAUAGAAUGGCAACCUUACGGCAUGAUGAGUUGGGUCAGGUUUGUUUCUUAUAUUUUCUUAUAUAUUCAGACAUAUGGAAGGCACUAGCUAUUAACGAUGGUGACAUACAGGAAACUCUUCUGAACCUUCUGCUUCGCAAUUACCUCCACUACAACUUAUAUGACCAGGCAGAGAAGCUAAGGUCGAAGGCACCACGUUUCGAGGCACAUUCAAAUCAACAAUUUUGUCGGUACCUAUUCUAUUUAGGAAAGAUCAGAACCAUUCAGUUGGAGUAUACUGAUGCCAAGGAGAGUCUUCUGCAAGCUGCUCGGAAGGCACCAGUUGCAGCCCGGGGCUUCCGUAUCCAAUGCAACAAGUGGGCUGUUAUUGUCCGCUUACUUCUUGGAGAGAUCCCUGAGAGAACUGUUUUUAUGCAGAAGGGCAUGAAGAAGGCUUUGACACCAUACUUUGAGCUUACAAACGCUGUUCGAAUUGGGGACUUGGAGUUGUUUAGGACUGUUGCAGAGAAGUUUUCUGGGACUUUCAACUCAGACAGGACGCAUAAUCUGAUCGUGAGACUGCGGCACAAUGUGAUAAGAACUGGGCUCCGCAAUAUCAGCAUCUCGUACUCCCGCAUAUCUCUGGCUGAUGUAGCCAGGAAGUUGAGAUUGGACUCUCAGAAUCCUGUGGCUGAUGCUGAGAGCAUAGUAGCCAAGGCCAUCCGAGAUGGGGCAGUCGAUGCGAUGAUAGAUCAUGCAAACGGGUGCAUGGUUUCUAAAGAGACUGGUGAUGUCUACUCAACUAAUGAACCACAGAUUGCAUUCAAUUCCAGGAUUGUCUUCUGCUUGAACAUGCACAAUGAAGCAGUGAGGGCACUGAGGUUCCCACCCAACUCCCACAAGGAGAAAGAAAGUGCAGAGAAGAGGAGGGAGAGGCAACAGCAGGAACAGGAGCUUGCGAAGCAUAUCGCUGAGGAAGAUGAUGACGAGUUCUGAUGAUGAUUUUGUUAAAUGCUACAUCGCUUGAGUGUGCAUGUUCCUCAAGCUCAUUGAAUUGGCGAGGAUUCUACAAGUUGAAAUUUCUUCUGUCAUUACUCUUUCUUCGUUGCUUCUAAUUUGCAGUAGUCAGGAUGCACCGAUCUGUGUUUCAGAGCAUACAAUUUGGAUUCUUUAUUUAGAUUACUUUUGGAUCUACUUUGCUAAAAUGAGAUGACAUGGAUUGGCGCUUGGAUUGGAAUUA